AUGUGCUAUUCAUUGGAGUUAAAAACUAAUCUGAAAUUGGCUAAACUUACUUUACUUUGUAAUAUACUUGGAAAAUUAAGUUUAAUAUUAUCAGUUUGUUUAAUUUAGAUAAAUGCACUAAGUUUCAUCUGCUCUUUAACAUUAAUUGUACUUGAUAUUUUAAGGUUUAUCUAAUAUAAUAAGAAAUUGUAAAAUAGAAAUUAAUAUUUGUAAUCAUCAUUAAAUGAUGUAUAGUCACCAUCAGAAUUAUCUAAAUUAAGUGAAAAUAUAUGGAGGUAAAGAAUAUAAGAAAUGAAUGUAUAAGUACUUAUAUUAGGUUAUUCAAAUUUAUGUGUAAAAUACAUCAAUUAAUGUUUUAUGGAAUUGUUUAGAUGUGUAAUGGAAGAAGAAUUACAAAAAAUUAUUUUAUAAGAAUUGAAUUUUUAAAUACCUUAGUAAUAUACAGAAGUCUUUAAAAGUGCUUCACUUUAAAUGAAGAGAUUAAGGGAUAAGUAAAGAGAUCCAUUUUGUAGAGAGUUUAAAAACUUAGAGUCUACUAAAUAAGUAAUUACAGCUCAAACAAAAAAAUUAGAGUAAAUUCUGGAUGAAUAUAAAAAAGGGAGCUUCGAUUCAUUGAUUGAAGCUUCAAAUAAUAAAGCUUUAGAUAUAUCUUGCACUGUUAAACUGUAAAAUAGCAAUAAUAUUUCUUUGAGUGGUUAAAUUAUUAGUGAUGGUAAAGAAAUCACUAUCUUUUUAAAUGAUAUUUCAAAAUAGACUGAAUUAUCAUAAUAAAAAAUUAAGGAUGAUUUUAAAUCAAAAAUCAUUGAAUCUUUCUCACAUGAAAUGAAAACACCAUUAAAUAGUGCUAAGAAUUUAAUAGAAUCAGCUAUUUCUGAGUAAAAGAUUGAUAAUUAUACUAAAACCUAAUAUUUACACCCUGCAUUUAAUUCAUUAAAAUUGUAAUCAUGCAUUAUUAAUGAUAUAAUUGAUUUUUCUAACUAUUAUGCUAAUUCUUUAUAUCUUUAAACUAAAGAAUUUACUUUCAAAGAAUUAAUAAAUGAAAUAAGUGGACUUUUUUAAUAAUAGUUUGAGAUGAAAAAUAUGGGAUUGAGAAUUGUAAUGGUAAAAAAUAAUUUCUAAACAUUUAAUAAUGAUUAUAAUCGCUUAAUAUAAAUAAUAGUAAAUUUAUUGGCGAAUUCUUUAAAAUUUUCUUAUAGUGGUAAUGUAAUAGUUAGAUUUAAAUCAUUAGAAUAAAAUAUUUUGAAAAUCGCUAUCAAAGAUUAAGGUAUUGGUAUAGAAUAAGAAAAAUUGGAGAAAAUUUAAAAAACUUUAAGUCAAUUUUAAGAGACAUCCGAUUUUAUAUUUAGUAAAAAUUGGCAUGGAUUUGGAUUAUUAAUCUCAUCAAUUUUAUUAACAAAAUUAUCAUCUAAUUCAAAUAGAUAAUUAUUAUAAAUUAAAAGUCAAGGUAAAAGUUUAGGAACAAAGAUAACAAUAUUUGUAGAAGAUUAAAAUAAAGGUUAAUAGAUUAUGCUUUCAAGAAAAUCUGUUAAAUUUGGAACAAAAAUGAUUUCUUAAAAUAAAAUUUAGAUUGGAACUGUAAUAGUAACAUAAGUAAAAACAAUAUCAAAUUUUCAAAAUAAUGAUAUAAUAACUCCAUAAUUUAAGACAAUAGAAUUUUGUACUGAUAUGAUGUCAAUAGAUAAGUCUAGUGAUUUUUUUACAAUAAAUAAAAAAGUUUAAGAAUUGAGAUCAUCAAAUCCGAAAUUAAUUAGUAAUUUAAACAAUUCAUAGAACUCAGAUUCAAAUUUAGAUAUAAAUUUCAAGAAUUUAAGAUAAUCAAAUGAUUCUCCUUCAAUUUAACAAUAAUUUAAAGAUAUGAAAUCAAGUAGAAGUUCAUAGAUUUUUAGUAUAAAAUAGUUAAAAUAUUUGGAAGAUUAAGAGAGUUAAUAGAAUUUAUUAAAUUUUGUUUAAAAAAAGAGAUGUAAUUGUAGAAGGAUACUUUCAGUUGAUGAUGAAAUAUUUAAUUAACAUUCCUUAUGUAUGUUACUACAAACAUUAGAUUUUGAAGUGUUAGUGGUCAGUAUUAAAUUUAUUUAUCUUAGGCUUUCAAUGGACAAUAAGCAAUAGAAUUAUUGAAUUAAUUAUAAAAAUGUUGCGAUCAUUGUUAAUUGCUUGAUGUUAUUUUAAUGGAUUAUUAGAUGCCAAUUUUAAAUGGAAUUGAAACUACAAAACUUAUUUUAGAGAUGAUAAAAGCUAAAAAGAUUCCAUCGAUAAAUAUAAUAGGUUUAACAGCAUUUACGAGUGAAUCAGAUAUAGUAAAUUGUUUAGAUGCAGGAAUGACUUAUGUAUUAUCUAAGCCUCUAAACUUAAAAGAUUUUAAGGAAUUAUUGUCAAAUUUAUGA